CUAAACAAAAGUCUCUCUAUGUAUCAAUCAAUCUAUGAUCUUGGUAUUGAUAUGAUAUCUGUCCAUAAUCCAUGUAGAUCGAUUCUUAGAAGAAGGCGAGAUAAGAGCCCUCACUUUCGCAAGAUCAACUCUUUUUUGUUUCUUCUUGUGAGGGCCGUGGAGGGUAGGGGAAAGCUUUUCAAAAAAGUCGAUGUUAAUGGGGGAGCCUUUGUUUGAUCUGGUGGAUUUUUUAAAGAAGCCAUGGAUCGCUGAAACAUUCGUCGACAUUUUGCUUUGCACAGUGCCCAUAUGGCUAGCUGUCAUGAUUGGACUGGUUAUUGGGUGGUCGUGGCGCCCCAGGUGGACCGGCCUCGUCUUCUUAGGUUUGCGUUCUAAAUUCCGGUUUCUAUGGACGGCUCCGCCGGGUUUCGGAGCUCGGCGGUUAUGGCUCGCCUUUACUGCUCUCUCUGCCUUUUCUGUUUGCCGCACCAUUUGGUCCAAUUUCAAUGACAGACGAAGAAAAGAUUCGCCGCAACAAGCGACUUCCAAGGUUUGCAACAACCAAGGUGAUGGCGACUCUGUUGGCCCAAGCACAACAGCUGAGGAGAGAGAGCAGAACAUUGUCACAGAGAAUGAUUUAGAACACCUAUUGCAUCUUUUUGGGAGGGACGGAGAGAUGGAAUGGCAAAGUAUGAUGGAGAGGUCUACUCCUAACAUGUCAUACCAAGCUUGGCGCCAUGAGCCAGAGACAGGCCUAACAGUUUACCGCAGUAGAACGGUCUUUGAGGAUGCAACUCCAGAGGUGGUUAGAGAUUUCUUCUGGGAUGAUGAGUUUCGACCUAAAUGGGAUACCAUGCUUGCACACUUCAAAAUAUUGGAUGAAUGUCCACAUACAGGGACAUCAGUUGUUCACUGGAUAAAAAAGUUCCCUUUCUUCUGCAGUGAUCGAGAAUAUAUCAUUGGUCGAAGAAUAUGGGAGUCUGGGAAAACGUAUUAUUGCGUGACAAAGGGGGUGCCCUUUCCAGGUUUGCCCAAGCAAGACAAGCCUAGACGUGUUGAGCUUUAUUUCUCCAGUUGGAUUAUUAGGGCUGUGGAAUCUCGUAAGGGUGAUGGACAGUUGUCUGCAUGUGAGGUUACACUUUUACAUUACGAAGACAUGGGGAUUCCCAAGGAUGUGGCAAAGUUGGGGGUCCGUCAUGGAAUGUGGGGAGCUGUCAAGAAAUUGCAUUCUGGCAUGAGGGCAUACCAGAAUGCGAGGAAGUCUGGGGCUCCUUUGUCUAGAUGUGCACGGAUGGCAGGAUUCACCACAAAGAUUUCUUUGGGCGGAAGCAUGGACUAUUUAGAGCAAGCUUCUGAUGAAGAGGAAACAAAUCUAGGCGUGGUCAAUAGGAGAGAAAAAGAUCAAGGCAUCGAUUGGAAAUGGUUAGCUGUCGGUGGAACUGUGGCUCUGGUUCUUGGACUUCACUCUGGUGCAAUAGGGAAAGCCUUGUUACUUGGAGCAGGGCAGAGAGUUGCACGAAGGUGAGAGUUAACCUAGGAGAAGAGACAUUGUAUUUCUAUCUGUUUUGAGGAAUCAUGAAAAUUACAUUUUAACACAUUGAUUGUUAUUUAUUGAGAUUAUAUAAUUUUUUUUUUAAGUAAUUUUUUUGGCUUUUA